AGGAGAGAGAAAGAAGAGAAAAACUCUCUCUCUCCUGCGAAUCGAUAGAAUAGAGAGAUCCUUCAUUGUGUCUUCUUCUCGAAACCACCGACGACCCUUUUUCACGUGUAACAUGCUCUUUCUUGCAGUUUCAGCAACUGGGUAGAAGAGAGAGAAAGCUUUGCUCUUUUUUUUUUUCUUUUUUUUUUGUUGAGUUUCUUCUUCUUCAGCAGAGAGAAUGUUGGUCCAGAGGAGAGUGAUGACGUGGCGGCGCGUGGGGAAGUCUCUUCACGCGCUGGUAGCCCAUGGGUUGCUCUUCUCCUUCACGAUCUUGCUCGUCCUUAAGCUCCACCGCGCCGUUCGCUGUCCUUGGUGGAUUGUGUUUUCUCCUCUGUGGCUUUUCCACGCAGUUGUAGCCCGAGGCAGAUUCUCCUUACCUGCACCGGCUUUGCCUCAUGAUCGUAAUUGGGCGCCUUUUCAUGCUGUCAUGGCAACUCCGUUGCUUGUUGCUUUCGAAAUUCUCCUUUGUUUCUAUCUAGAAAGCAGUUAUGGUAUAGGAAUCACGUUGAAGAUUGUCUUUAUGCCCUUGUUAGCUUUUGAAACAGCAAUUUUGGUUGAUAAUAUCAGGAUGUGUAGGGCUUUAAUGCCUGGAGACGAAGAAGCCAUGAAUGAUGAUGUAAUAUGGGAGACUCUUCCUCACUUUUGGGUUUCAAUAUCUAUGGUCUUCUUCAUUGCUGCGACUAUUUUCACUCUCCUAAAGAUAUGCGGUGAUGUAGCUGCUUUAGGCUGGUGGGACUUAUUUAUAAACUUCGGAAUUGCAGAAGGUUUUGCCUUUCUUGUUUGCACUAAGUGGUAUAAUCCAUCAAUCCAUAGGCAUUCUCACAUCACAGAACCCUCUUCUGCACCUUCAAUCACUAUGAGAUAUCUUGACUGGAAUAGAGGUUUAGUAAUUUCUUCGGAGGAUGACCAGAACAAUAGUGGGAUAUGUGACCUGCAAGAUAUCGGCGGACAUGUUAUGAAAGUACCUCUGAUUAUUUUCCAGAUCCUGCUCUUUAUGUACUUAGAGGGAACAACAUCUGGGGCCACGCAUCUGUCGAUUCCAGUCGUGUUUUCUCCUCUUAUUUUGUUGCAAGGAGCUGGUGUUGCAUUUGCCGCAUAUAGACUUGUGGAGAAAAUUGUUAUUCUAGUACAUGCUCGUGAGUCUGGAAGAUAUGGUGGUGCUGGUUCUGCAAGAUACUUCUCCAUAGCAUCAAAAGUUCAAGAUUCUUUUGGCUUCUUGCAUCGUGGUUCAAGAUUGCUGGGUUGGUGGUCAAUCGACGAAGGAAGUCGAGAGGAACAAGCUAGACUAUAUAGUGUGGGAACAUCUGGGUAUAACACUUUCUCACCUGAUGUUGUGAAGAAAAUGCCUAGAACUGAUCUUGUUGAUGAGAUUUGGAGAUUACAGGCUGCACUUAGUGAGCAAACAGAAAUUACAAAAUUCAGCCAGCAGGAGUAUGAGAGACUUCAGAAUGAAAAGAUCCUUUGUAGAGUAUGCUUUGAAGAGCAGAUUAACAUAGUCCUGCUUCCUUGCAGGCAUCAUGUUCUUUGCAGAACUUGCUGUGAGAAGUGUAAAAAAUGCCCUAUAUGCCGCGUUGCUAUCGAAGAGCGACUGCCUGUAUAUGAUGUGUAGUUUUCUAACUUGUUGAUUCAAGGCCAGGAGUAGACUUCUUGAACGCCUUUUUUUUUUUUUUUUCCCGCCCCCCUUACAUAAUUGCUUGUGAUUUUAGAUGAAGCAAGCGCUGAGGCUGAGAAACAUAAUAGUCUCUCGUAUCAUUUAUUGUUAAUAAACUAGUGUUGUCAAGGAAUUGUAAAUAUACUGCCAUGAAAUCCAGUUAAAGUGGUGUUUGUAGUUGGUUUUAUUGACAUUUUCUUAUUAACAAAU